AUGUCGGCCCACUACCCCUACACUAUCACUUUCCGCGAGGACAUCGAUGCACUUCCACUUACUCAGCACCAUUUUCCUUUCCGAGAUCUGCCAGACGGUCGCUUCGUUGCCCCAGAAAUGAAGCUACGAAUGCACCAAUACAGCGAAUCAGCAGCAAUAGCGCUUGCAAACCUGCGUCGGAAGUUUGAGCCGCUCCGCAACCCAAACGCACUGCCGCGAGACUUGUGGGACAAGCCAAGUCUGAUCGACUUUGACCAUUGGGCCAACGUCAACGAGACGCUGAGGAGGCAAGGGGUGACACUGCCCUGGGACUACAUGUCUGGGGCAAGGGCGCCUAUUGAGACAUUAGCAAACAGCGAUGAGACCCUGAGGACCAAAGACGCUAGUAAGAGCCAUCAGGGGAGUGCGCGGAUUUGUGUGGAUGAGCGGGAGUCUUCCCUGGCCCCCGCCGAACAAGAUGUGGACGUCGUACAGCGGCGAGCUAGUAUCAUGCACGAUGUAGUUGCCUUUUGUGGGACUGCGUGGGCGCUGAUCGGUAGACGAUCUGCUCAGGAAUGAGGAGACGUCUACCCAACUCUUGUCUUGCCUAUAGCUUCUCUAGCACAUUUGUAGUCUUUGUGACCGGCCUAUAAGAGUAAUGAUAAGCAUUGGUUUCACUACCUGGAAUCGGCAACU